GUCGGUCCGUCGGAGCGCCAUCUGUAUUAAUAAAAUGAAUCCGCACGGUGCCUCCUGGUCCCACUUCUGGUUCAAACUUCGUUCAGGGAACAUCCAGGAGCCGUCACACAUACCAAACAGCAAUGGCUGAUCUCAGCUCAAAGGACGUCGAAAGGGCGGAAUUCGCAUUCUCCAUCUAUGAUUUCACCGGUGAAAAUACCAUCGACGCUGUCGAUCUGGGAAAUGUUCUCCGUGCCCUGAACCUCAACCCGACGAAUGCAACGAUCGAGAAGAUGGGAGGAACCAAGAAGAAGGGAGAGAAGCUGUUCAAGCUCGACGAAUUCCUGCCCAUCUUCAGCCAGGUCAAGAAGGACAAGGACCAGGGCUGCUACGAGGACUUCCUUGAGUGUCUCAAGCUCUACGACAAAGCUGAGAACGGCACCAUGCUUGCCGCUGAGCUUUCCCACAUACUCCUCACCCUUGGUGAACGUCUCAACGAUGCCGAAACCGAGGAAGUACUCAGGGACUGCAUGGACCCCGAAGAUGAGGAUGGUUUCAUCCCUUACGCCCCAUUCCUGAAGAAGCUGAUGGUUUAAAAUCAAGGAGCCACCACCAACCAUGAAUCCGUUCCUUCGUAGAAUGUGUGACAGAGCAGCUGUCGACAACACCCCCGACCAAUAAAGACCGAACGUCGUCAAAUCCAUCGCAAAUUGACGUGGUAAAAGAGAAAUACAAAAUUUAAACGAAAACAAACAUAAAAGGAGGAAGAAUAUGGUUAAAAAUUGAAUUAAAACGAAUGAUAUCACACAACGAAAUUACAGCAAUUUUAUAUAAUAUUUUACACGCGCAUAGUAAUUAUAUUUUAAAGACGAACAAAUUAGCGAAGGACAAAAACCCCAAGAUUCGUCAAGGUGAUUAAAUUUCACCCGAUCUUUGAGAACACGGAUCGUUAAAUGUCAUCAUCAACAAUUUCAUCAUUUAUAAUAUAAUUUAUUGUAACAAUAAUUCUUGUUAGAUAUUGUCAACGACAUCGCACAAAAUACAAGACAAUUAUGAAUA